GUCUGCGCCAAGGUGUGCUGCCGGGACGACGGUCCAUAGUUACACUCCCGUUUGCUGUGUGUUCUCUGUGCCUGUGUGCUUUCUUCUUUUUCAUUUCUUUUGCGUCUGUGUGUGUUAUUUAAAAAACAUCGUCGUCGAUUUCCAAGACGCAUUUUCCUUGAAAAAAAAAAAAAAAAAAGGCAUUGAAAAAUUUAAGUGCGUGGUGUUUGUGGUGGACCGGAACUCUGUGUGUGGACACACUAUACGAGCACAUCCUGUGGCUUCUUCUCUUUUUCUUUCUUUCUUCAUCACAUGCAGGUGCAACUGUGGCAUUUCAUAAUAAAGGAUACCUUGUGUGCAGUGAAGUUUGGCUCAUCACGUCAUCACCAAAUUGAUUCGAUGAGUGACUGACUAAGGAAUUUGUAACCACUCGAUUUUUGCUGAACAUUUUGAUAGUUGAAUAGAAAACAAAAAGGAAGUGAGAAAAAGAUGUCGAGUCCAGGAUGUUGAUGAACAACCGCCCGUCGUCGGUAGUACCCGGACCGUCGUCAUCCGUUAGCGGAAACCUUUCCCAUCACCAACAACAACAACAACAACAACAACAACAACAUUGGAGUUGCGACUAUAGAAGCCACACCUUAACACACCUCGCCCGACUGCUUCCGGAUGAGACGGCGCUGGAGAAUGUGUUGAGUGAAGCCAUUAGUGGCGGAUCGGAAUAUGGUCAACUCAUCGUCAUCUCGGUCGACCUCUUUCGUACUCAUUGGCUGCACAUUGAAGACGGCGUCACGACCGCCGAUCCGGCUGCUGGCUGCCACCAGAACAACCACAAGUUUUUAGCCGUCUUGGAUGUCGAUGGCCGGCCCGUCUCGGGUUUUACUCGGCGUGACUUUCUGGCCUGGCUCAUUCAUCGGCUCGUUCACCACAACAACCAACAACAACAACAGACGGACGUCAUCACCGGUGUGCAAAUCACCACCGCCCCUUUAACAGGUGGUUUAACGAAGGAUUUACGCGAGUACUUGACGACUCGCUUCGCUAAAGGCUCUGUGGACCAUGAACUGCAGACGACGAUUCGAGACAAUUUGUACCUGCGAACAGUGCCCGUGACGACACGGCCGAGGCGGCCAGGAGAAACCGACGGACUUGAUUACACAUUUCUCAGUUUGGAACAGUUUCGCUUGCUGGAGAAGAACGGCUCGCUGCUCGAAAGAGGCAUCUACGACGGAAAUUAUUACGGGACUCCGAAACCUUCGUUGGAUUCACCGUUGGUCUUACCGUCCACUCCUUUAGCACAGUCUUCGACAUCGGCGUUGCUCCAACAGCACAACAACAACAACUCGUUGCUUUUGCUGGCCGGAGCACAUCCCAGCUCGGAGGGUAAACGUCGCCGAAAUCGUUCGAAUGUGGAAGCGAUGGCCGCGGCACAGAACGACGGCGAUGCCGACCCAAACAGUGGCAUCGAUCACUCUUCCAUGCAGCAGCAUCUGAAUCCAUCGCAGAGGAUGGCCGCCGGCAAUAACGCUGCAGCUCCCAUUUGCAAUAAUAAUAGUAUAGGUGGCAGCAAUAAUAACAUGUCGAUUCCGAGUUAUCGCGAAGACGGUGGCGGUGCCAUGGGCGGACUAUCCGAAGCCGAAUUGGGUCCAUUGCCGCAAAAUUGGGAAAAGGCGUACACGGAACGAGGCGAAGUUUAUUUCAUCGACCAUAAUACUGGAACGUCUCAGUGGCUGGACCCGAGACUGUCCAAAAUCCAGAAAAAGUCGCUGGAAGAAUGCGCCGAAGAUGAAUUGCCCUACGGAUGGGAGAAGAUUGACGAUCCGACGUACGGGACGUACUACAUCGAUCACGUCAAUCGCAAAACGCAGUACGAGAAUCCGGUCACGCAGGCGAAGAAAGGCGGCAGCGGAGCCAACGAGACUGGAACUAGCAGUCCGCCGGCUCCACCCGCAACGAGCGGCCUACCCACCACUGGCAAUGCCAGCAGCACCGAUUCCGGGAACAGUACCUACCCCCGUUUGAAGAAACAACAACAGCAACAACAAUCGAACGAGAGCGGAGGAGGAGGAGGACACAAUGGCAACAACCAACCACCGGCUCCAUUACCCAAACGCUCCAAUAGUGAGUCCAGAUUAAAUCUCCACGGUUACGGAGGUUACAACCGACCGUUUUUCACGAGAAAUCCGUCCGAAUUGCAAGGCGAACGGAUCUGUACGACGUUGCUCAAAUCUAACCGCGGACUGGGUUUCACCAUCGUCGGCGGUGACGACAGCGAAGAGGAAUUCCUCCAGAUCAAAUCUGUCGUUCCGCACGGACCCGCCUGGGUCGACGGACGCCUACAGACCGGCGACGUUCUGGUGUACGUAAUGGAUCAGUGCGUUCUGGGCUACACCCACCACGAUAUGGUGAACAUGUUCCAGUCUAUAGCGCCGGGCCAGGCCGUUGCGUUGGAAGUUUGUCGAGGAUAUCCUCUGCCCUUCGACCCGAACGAUCCCAACACUGAGAUUGUGACUACCGUGGCCGUUGCCCAGCAGGACGGCAAUAAGGGGCCGUCUCGUCCCGGAAGUGCCGACCUGCUCAUGGGCUCCUCUUCAUCCGAGCAUCACCACCACCACCACCACCAUCAGGAUAAUAACGACAUGGCUCACCGCUUUGACGGUGAUGAGUACGGCGAUGGAGGAGUCAAUGGCAAUCCAUCGGCAGGUCCCAACAAGGUUGAAUUCCUGACUGUUCAAAUAACGAAAGGGGCGAUGGGCUUCGGCUUCACGAUUGCAGACAGCGCCUACGGCCAAAAGGUCAAGACCAUAUUGGACAGGCCGCGUUGCAAGAACCUCCAAGAAGGAGACAUCCUGGUUGACAUUAACGGCAUCAAUAUGCGACACAUGAGUCACGGCGAAGUUGUCCAGGUGCUGAAAGAUUGCGCUUGGGGUCGCGAAGCAUCCAUUACUGUGCAACGUGGCGGUGCGGCAACGCCCACUAAAAACAAGUGGAAAAAGGGGGGAAUUAAAGAACAGGACCAACAACAACAGCCGCCCGUCAGUCCGCGCAAACCUCCAGUCGGUGCUGGACUGUUUCGCAGUAAAACGCCCACCGCAGAUCUUUACAGCGCCCAGACAAAGGAAGUGGUGCCCAUCAGACCGAAAACGCCACUGGUGGACACACGCAACCGGCCCAAAACGCCCUCUAUGGGAGUGGGUAUGAGUAGCGGUGGUCCAGCUCAGCAAUCGUCCCUGCCGGAUCACCUGGAACAGCACCGCGAAAUUAACCGAACGCCAGUCAACGCUCUGGCGGAGCAAUUCCAGAACGGGAUGAAUUUCCAGGAGAAUAACGGUUACAAUAAUCAGCAACAACAACGGAACGUGAUGAAUCGAAGCCGAAGUCCAGGCAGGGAACUCGACUCGCAUCCGUCGUCGAUGCAGAUGCACUACGAGAACGGCCUGCCACCGGACGCUGGUUAUGGAGGCAUGCCCAACGGCUAUCCACCUGCCUACGAGUCGGAUUACGGCCGGAUGGGUCAACCGUCUCGCAAUCCGCGUGCCGAUCCCUACGCUCCCAAUCCCUACACCGGUGGAUCGUAUUCCAUGGAUGCAUCCCGUCCAAUGGAUUACGGUUACGGCUAUUCAGGAAUGAAUGGCCCAAAUGUUCCAGACUAUCCGGAAGAGAAUCUAGGCCAGUUUCAUCGCCAAGAUUCCGGCUACGGCACGCAACCGCAGUCGGUGGUUGUCGGUUACAGCAACAAUAGCGGCAAUAGUGGCAAUAACGUCCUGCGUCAGAAUGCUGGUGGACCGGGCUCAUUCGCCCCGCUCAAAGAAGGCACCAGCUUCGAUCACGAUUUACCGUCGUAUCCACCGAGCAUGUCGACAGGUCGGCCGGACGUGGCCAUGCGGAGGCCACCGAACAAUAGCGGCGGCAAUGGCAACGCCAAUCCACCAGUCAACUCAUCUGGCCAGCAAUCGCUGCCGCCGCCGCCGCCGCCCGGCGAAUGGAUGGAAAUGAACGUGACGCUCUUAAGACACGAAACGGGUUUCGGUUUCCGGAUCGUUGGCGGCACAGAAGAAGGAUCGCAAGUCUCGAUCGGGCACAUUGUUCCAGGCGGAGCAGCUGAUCUGGACGGCCGGCUGAGGACCGGCGACGAAAUUUUGGCCGUUGAUUUAAUGUCGGUCGUCCACACAUCUCAUCACCACGUUGUCCAGUUAAUGGGCGCGGCCGCUCUCAAUGGCCGAGUCUCCAUUACGGUCAGGCGCUGGAUACCCCUCCAUCCAUCGUCCAUUUCUCCUCAAGAUACUGGAUAUCCAAGCGGAGUAGGUGACGGCAGUGGCAUGAUUUACCCGUACGACGUGACGGUAGUGCGUCGCGAAGACGAAGGUUUCGGUUUCGUCAUCAUCUCGUCGGUGACAAAGGGCGUCUCGUUUAUCGGGCAAAUCAUUCCCGACAGCCCGGCCAAGCGUUGCAGUCAGCUGCACGUCGGUGACCGCAUUUUGGCUGUCAAUCAUCACGACAUAUCCAGGCUUCACCAUGGCGAUAUUGUCAACCUCAUUAAAGAUUCGGGUUACACCGUUACGCUCACUGUUGGUCCGCCUCUCGACGAUACUGCCUCCAGCAACGCCUCCAAUUCUCACCGGUCCUCCGAUGCCAUGGUAACUGCCCAAGCCUUGCCCGCUCCUGCUAGUGACGGUACUAGGAGCCCCAACAGAAUUGACGCUUAUCACCAACAGUAUGUCUACAACCAGGAAGAUCAAAUCGAUGGGCCGAUGAUUGACGGAUCUGAGGCCUACCCGCCCAUCGAAGAGGAUCAACUUUACGCCGUUGAAUUGAGCCGAGGCACGCGAGGAUUUGGGUUCAGCAUUCGAGGCGGAAGAGAAUUUCAUAAUAUGCCGCUCUUCGUUCUCCGCAUCGCCGACAAUGGCGCUGCCGCUCAAGAUGGCCGUCUAAGAGUGGGUGAUCAGCUGAUUGAAAUCAAUGGCAUCAGUACGAAGAAUAUGACGCACGCGGACGCUAUCGAGUUGAUUAAAAACGGGGGGAUGGUGGUCCGUCUUCUACUCCGGCGAGGCAACGUUGCUCCUCCCAUGGGUGAAAACGGGCAGAUGUUAUCGCCUUCAACCACGGGCUCGCCAACGACGCCGUCUGGCAUGAUGGAAAUGAUGAGACCCAACAGUUCCAUGGCCCAGCCUCAUCACGGCUCUUAUGGCAGCAAUGGACCACUUUCCCAAAAUCACCAAACAGAUAGCCGCAUGCCUAACGGCAUUCCCGUUGGCCAUCAACAGCCUCCACCGCCAUCUCAGCAACAGCAACAAUACACGGGACCGCCGCCUUACAUGAUGGGUCCGCGUGGGAUGCCGAAUGGCGGCAUGCGCGGAAACGUUCCCGCUCCAUUGAACGUUCCGCCCAGUCAGCGCAAUUUGAACGGGCCUUUAAGCCACAGUUCGCCGCGUGUUAUCGGUGCAGCUGGCAACGUCGCUGGAGAUUACUAUUGGGGUUCUUGAAAAGAUAUCCCUUUCAUUUGUUUUGGUUUUUUUUUCUAUUGAUUAUUAAUGACAUGAUGACAAUCGAUUCGAACAAAAUCGCGCUCUUUUUUUUUUUUUGGUGUCUUUCUACCACUGUUGUUCUUCGUUUCCCAUCCGUUUGGAACAAAUACGUGAUCCGAUACGACGAAAACAAAAAUUGUUGCGUGAAUCCGCCGGGAAAAAAAAAAAAACUCUCAAUUUUCUUUCUUUUUGAGGUUUGGGGCUAAAUUGAAACAUCGACCUUUAUUUUUUUUUUUGUCCAAGUGCCUCUCUUUUUUUUUUUCUUUUCUUGCCCUCCCCCUCACUUGGAAUGAUUGACUUAACAAUCCUUCAUUGUAUGUAAAUAAAUUUUCGAGAAUUAAAUUUCUCCUCUUCAUCGUCCCACAUCAUGGCCAACCAAAGAAUGAUUGUAACCAUCGCUCUAGAUCCUCUCUCUCUCUCUCUGCCUUACGCGUGAAAACAAACAAAUCUUUUUGAAAUUUUUUUUAAUUUUUGCGCCCCCCCCCCCCUCCUCCAUUUCUCGUAUAUAACGAUUUCUUCCUUCCUGGUACUUGCCGAAAAUGGUCGGUGUUGACACGGGCGAACGCAGUUAUCACGAUCUCAAGUCACCCCACAACAUUAAAAAAAGGACAUCCAAAUUCAUCUUCUUUCAGACGACAUACACAACUACUUAAAAAAUAGUAAUAAUAAAAUCAAUUCACCUUGAGACGGUGUGGCCUUGAGAGAGAAGUUGACGAAACAAUCCCGACAGACGCAAUCGAAAGACAUGCCAUGUGUGUACGUGUGGGGUAUAUAUAUAUUUAUAUAUGUAUACUAUUUGUGUGUGUGUGUAUUUGAAAAAAAAAAAAAAACAAUUCUUUUGUUUUUGCUUUGUCGGUUUUUUUUUUUUUCUAUAUUUUGAAAUCCAUCGAGUCUUUCGUACCCCCCCCCUCCGCUGUUGACAAUAGUAUUACGUAACUGACACGACAGACACCACCUUGUUUUCGGUGACCGAUUUGUUUUUGGAGACGAGUAAAGGAGACACGACAGAAAAAAAAAACAAAACCUGUCCUUUUGCUAAUUUGUUUGAAUUGUUUUAGCAUUUUUUUUUUUUGCUCACCUUGUUAAUGAAGAGAGUUAAAGAAACACGUUUUCUUCUUGACCAUUUAAAUAGCCUUCACGUGUGUGUGUGUAUACAAUGUGCCUCUCCAUCAUUUCGUUCGGUGACUUACGUUUUUUCUUGUUUGUUUGAUUAUUUUAUCGCGCUGUGCUCACUAUAUACUUGUACACCUUUGGCCUUAUAUUAUUAUCAAUUAUUAUGACAUAAACAAUUUCUUUUUUU